AUGGAAAGGAUGAAUGUCUUGAUGAUAAUUUUACUGGUGGUUUUAGUGUUUGAAGGUAAUUAUUGUGAAAGAGCGUUUUCCACCACUGUAACAUACGAUAGCAAGGCAUUGGUUAUUGAUGGAAAGAGGAGAAUUUUACAGUCAGGGUCUGUUCAUUAUCCUCGAACCACGCCUGAUGUGUGGCCGGAAAUCAUUAGGAAGGCGAAGGAAGGGGGAUUGGACGUGAUUGAGACUUAUGUUUUUUGGAAUUAUCACGAGCCUGUCAGAGGAGAGUACUAUUUUGAGGGCAGGUUUGACCUCGUACAGUUCGUGAAGACAGUGCAGGACGCUGGCCUCUUUGUGCACCUGAGAAUAGGUCCCUAUGCUUGUGCAGAAUGGAACUAUGGGGGAUUCCCAGUCUGGUUGCACUUUAUUCCUGGAAUACAGUUUCGAACCACGAAUGACCUUUUCAAGAAUGAAAUGAAGCGUUUUCUUGCAAAGAUAAUUAACUUGAUGAAGGAUGAGAAUCUCUUUGCAUCACAAGGAGGACCAAUCAUUCUUUCACAGGUGGAGAAUGAAUAUGGAAAUGUCGAACCUGCUUAUGGCGUAGGUGGAGUAUUAUAUGUUAAAUGGGCUGCAGAAACAGCUGUCCAGCUUAAUACCACCGUCCCUUGGGUGAUGUGUGCCCAAGAAGAUGCACCCGAUCCAAUUAUAAAUACUUGCAAUGGCUUUUAUUGUGAUCGGUUCUCUCCAAAUUCACCUUCCAAACCAAAAAUGUGGACUGAGAACUAUUGUGGAUGGUUCCUCGCAUUUGGAUAUGCUGUUCCUUAUCGACCUGUUGAAGACCUGGCUUUUGCUGUUGCACGCUUUUUUGAAACAGGUGGGACUUUCCAAAACUAUUACAUGUAUUUUGGAGGCACCAACUUUGGAAGAACCGCAGGUGGUCCUUUGGUUGCAACAAGUUAUGAUUAUGAUGCUCCAAUAGAUGAGUAUGGUUUUAUCAGGCAACCGAAGUGGGGCCACCUGCGUGACCUACAUUUUGCAAUUAAGCAGUGUGAAGAAUAUUUAGUGAAUUCCAAUCCAACUCAAAUUUCUCUUGGCGUGAAUCUUGAGGCACAUGUGUACUAUAGAUCCUCCAAUGACUGUGCAGCCUUUCUUGCUAAUUACGGUAGCUCUUCGGAUGGUACUGUCAAAUUCAAUGGAAAUUCAUACUUCCUGCCUGCAUGGUCUGUCAGCAUUCUUCCCGAUUGUAAGAAUGUUAUAUUCAACACGGCGAAGGUUGCUUCACAAAAAACUAGUGGUGAUGAUGUUUUCACUCACAGCACUAUGCUCGAGUCUUCACUAGCAUCGUCAGCUUGGAGUUGGUAUAAAGAAAAAGUGGGCAUUUGGGGAAAUAAUUCAUUUGAGGCAUCGCGUUUACUGGAGCAGAUAAAUACGACAAAAGAUACAAGUGAUUUUCUAUGGUACACAACAAGCAUAAAUGUGGAUGAGAAAAUCAAGCAAAAUCAAACACAAGAAUUAGGCUUGCUUAUUGGGAGUUUAGGACAUGCAGCUCUUGUUUUUGUAAACAAAAGACUAGUAGGAUUUGGCUAUGGUAAUCAUGAUGAUGCCAGCUUUCUGCUGACAGAAAAAAUUAGCCUUCACAGUGGAAGUAAUACAUUAGAUGUGCUAAGUAUGAUGAUCGGCUUACAGAAUUAUGGACCAUGGUUUGAUAUCCAAGGGGCGGGAAUUUAUUCUGUUAUUCUCACCGAUUUGAAGAAUUCUGAGGAGGAUCUUUCUUCCACACAGUGGACUUAUCAGGUGGGUCUUGAAGGGGAAUUUCUUGGACUUGAUAACAUAUCUCUUGCAAAUAGUUCAGUAUGGACUCAGGGGAGUGACAUACCAAUCAAUCAGAGUUUGAUAUGGUACAAGGCUAUAUUCCUCACUCCCGAGGGAAAGGGUCCUGUGUCAUUGAAUCUUGCUAGCAUGGGGAAGGGUCAGGUAUGGGUCAAUGGGCAGAGUAUAGGACGGUAUUGGUCUACUUAUCUCUCACCAUCAACUGGCUGUUCAGAGAAUUGUGACUACAGGGGAGCUUAUAAUGCAUCCAAAUGUUUGAGGAAGUGUGGUCAACCAGCUCAAACAUUGUAUCAUAUACCACGCUCUUGGUUAUAUCCUGGCGAGAACUUAUUGGUUAUACAUGAAGAGCUAGGCGGUGAUCCUUCAAAAAUAUCUUUAUCGACUCGAAACGCGCUAGUGAUAUGUGGCCAUGUAUCGGAGGCUGACCUUCCACCAACUGAUACUUGGAAAGCACAAUUGGGUUUCAUAGCCCAAACUCCUGAACUGCGACUGGCAUGUGAGGAAGGAUGGAAAAUUGCUGCUAUUCGUUUUGCUAGCUUUGGUACCCCUGGAGGAAACUGUGGAGCAUUCAGUCAAGGGGAUUGUCAUGCCAAUAUAACAUCAAUUGUUCAGCAGGUUUGUGUUGGGAAGCAUAGAUGUUCGGUUCCCAUGUCGACAACAAAACUAGGAGAUCCAUGUCCUAGUGUGCUGAAAAGCUUGGCAAUUGAAGCUCUUUGCAGUGGUCUUCUGCCCCGCCACGUUAAUUCCAUAUUCAUUUCGAAUGGUUUUCUAUCACCGAUUCAGAUUUUGAAGAGAUAUGGGCCGGGUUCUUCUUAUCUUCCGUACUACUCUCAGAUUGCAGUAAUGGGUGUGCUUGAGCCGCGGUGGAUAUGGAGGGCAAUGGUUUUCUUGCUAAUUAUUUGGGAAGCUCAUGGUUGGGGAAAAGAAGGCCACUUUGCCAUUUGCAAAAUUGCUGAGGAUUAUCUUACUGAAGAUGCUUUGACCUCAAUCAAAGCAUUGCUUCCAGACAGUGCUGAAGGUGACUUUGCUGCUGUUUGCUCCUGGGCAGAUGAGGUUAAGCACCAUUACCACUAUCGCUGGAGUAGUCCUUUACAUUAUGUUGAUACACCUGACUUUAGGUGCAACUACAAGUAUUGCAGAGAUUGCCAUGACACUCACGGACACAAAGAUAGGUGUGUCACUGGAGCAAUUUAUAACUAUACCAAGCAGCUUGAGUCAGCUUCUCGUGAUUCUGAUUCAUUAGGAUUAAAAUACAACUUGACAGAGGCACUCAUGUUCUUAUCGCAUUUUGUUGGUGAUGUCCAUCAGCCACUGCAUGUUGGUUUUAUUGGAGACGAGGGUGGAAACACAAUAAAAGUCCGUUGGUACAGGAGGAAAACUAAUUUGCACCAUGUAUGGGAUACUAUGAUAAUUGAAUCAGCCAUGAAGACAUUCUAUAACAAAGAUCUCAAUGAAAUGAUUCAAUCCAUUCAGAGCAAUAUCACUGAGGAUUGGUUGGCUGAUGUUCCAUCUUGGGAAAAUUGCAAUGCUACAGUUUGUCCAGAUACGUAUGCCUCGGAAAGCGUUAAUUUAGCAUGUAAGUUUGCUUACAGAAAUGCCACACCAGGAAGCACUUUAGGAGAUGAUUACUUUCUCUCUCGGAUGCCAGUUGUAGAGAAGCGAUUGGCUCAAAGUGGGGUCCGUUUGGCAGUUAUUCUCAACCAAAUUUUUGCAUCACGCCCAUCAAUUGCAAAAGAAUGA